GUGUACGCGUGAACAAAUAAACAGCCAAUUAGAUGGUUUUAUUUAAAUUAAAGAGUUUGUUGAUAGUAAUCACGUAAUAAUAACACGUUCAAUAAUUAAUUAGUGGUGAAUUCAAGUCUUAGUCCGUCGCUGGCCGCGGACGGUUGACAGUUGCCUGUCAAAGUUGGCGCGCAUUUUCAAUCAGUCGGUAACAUGCUGUGUAAUAGUGAAGUGAUGUGAUUUUUUUUUUAUUUAUUCCAAACUUUUUUAUUAUAUGUUUACAGUUAUUAUUAUUUUUGGGUUCGUUUUUGUUUAUGUUUUUUUGAAAUUUUUCUCGGGGAUUGAGCAUUUGAAUACCAAAAUGGCGGACCAGCCGGAUCAAGCACGCUGUUCGUCCAGUGAAAGUGAUAAUUUUGAAAAAAUAGAAUCGGAAGAGGCAAGAGAAAGUGGCGGUGCCAACUUUGUGGUUGGUGAGGAGGUGGAGCAGGAGCCAGUUGAUGAUGGACCAGCUCAUGAAGGAAGGGAUUCCUUCCCUAAUGCGCCUAGGCCGAACAGACCUAGGCCUUUGACAGUAGCACAGCAACUCGCUCUAGCGGAGAAACGCAGUACUUUGAGGCCGUCUAUGUCCCAGGGUACGGUGAUCCACAGCCAGCGUUUCCAGGAGAAAGACUUCACGGUAGCCACCCCGGAGGAGUUUGUCAGGAGGUUCCAGGGGACUAAACCUAUCAAUAAAGUCCUAAUCGCGAACAACGGUAUCGGAGCUGUAAAAUGUAUGCGUUCAGUGCGAAGAUGGUCGUACGAAAUGUUCAAGAACGAACGCGCCGUACGAUUCGUCGUUAUGGUGACCCCCGAGGAUCUGAAGGCCAAUGCGGAGUAUAUAAAGAUGGCGGACCACUACGUGCCCGUGCCUGGAGGAUCCAACAACAAUAAUUAUGCUAACGUCGAACUUAUAGUGGAUAUCGCAAUAAGGACUCAAGUUCAGGCUGUAUGGGCAGGUUGGGGUCAUGCCUCAGAGAACCCCAAGCUCCCCGAACUGCUCCACCGCGCUGGGGUGGUAUUCAUUGGGCCCCCGGAGAAGGCCAUGUGGGCUCUCGGAGACAAGAUCGCGUCCUCCAUAGUAGCGCAGACUGCUGAAAUACCUACUCUACCCUGGAGUGGUAGCGAGCUAAAGGCUGAAUACAACAGUAAAAAGAUCAAGAUAUCUUCUGAACUCUUCGCCAGAGGAUGUGUGACUACUCCGGAAGAAGGAUUGCAAGCUGCACAGAAGAUAGGGUUCCCCGUGAUGAUCAAGGCCUCGGAAGGUGGUGGUGGCAAGGGUAUCAGGAAGGUGGAGAAUCCUGAUGACUUCAACAGCGCAUUUAGACAGGUACAAGCAGAAGUGCCCGGUUCCCCAAUAUUCGUGAUGAAGCUCGCCAAGUCAGCUCGCCAUUUGGAAGUACAACUUUUGGCUGAUCAGUACGGCAACGCAAUCUCGCUGUUCGGUCGUGAUUGUUCUAUCCAGCGUCGUCAUCAGAAGAUCAUUGAGGAAGCUCCCGCCGCCAUCGCCAAACCUGACGUCUUUAUUGAGAUGGAGAAGGCCGCGGUCCGUCUAGCCAAGAUGGUAGGCUAUGUAUCAGCUGGUACAGUAGAAUAUCUAUAUGAACCGGCUACAGGCGCUUACUACUUCCUGGAACUGAACCCGCGACUCCAAGUGGAACAUCCUUGCACGGAGAUGGUGGCUGACGUCAAUUUACCCGCUGCCCAACUUCAGAUCGCCAUGGGUCUCCCUCUAUACCAUAUAAAGGACAUCCGCCUCCUAUACGGCGAGUCCCCAUGGGGUCUGUCGCAGAUAGAGUUCGACGAGCCCAAGCAGAGACCUUCACCAUGGGGUCAUGUCAUCGCCGCUAGGAUCACGUCCGAAAACCCUGACGAAGGAUUCAAGCCCUCAUCAGGUACGGUCCAGGAGUUAAACUUCAGGUCCUCGAAGAAUGUAUGGGGAUACUUCAGCGUGGCCGCUUCAGGAGGUCUGCACGAGUUCGCAGACUCACAGUUUGGACACUGCUUCUCUUGGGGCGAGACUAGGGAGCAGGCUAGAGAGAACCUAGUAAUAGCUCUAAAAGAGUUAAGCAUUCGUGGUGACUUCCGUACAACGGUGGAAUACCUGAUCACACUGCUGGAGACUGGCGCCUUCCAGAACAAUGACAUCGAUACUGCCUGGUUGGACGCACUCAUUGCUGAAAGGAUGCAAUCAGAGAAGCCUGAUAUAAUGCUGGGCGUCAUCUGCGGUUCUAUCCUCAUAGCAGACGCUUACAUCACUGCCAACUUCCAGGAGUUCAAGAGUGCGUUAGAGAAGGGUCAAAUCCAGGGUUCCAGUGCCCUCUCUAAUUGCGUGGAGGUGGAACUCAUCCACUCUGGCUCCAAAUAUAAGGUGUCUGCCACCAAGUCUGGUCCGACUUCUUACUUCCUUGCGAUGAACGGCAGCUUCAAGGAGAUGGAAGUCCAUAAACUUACUGAUGGAGGUAUGCUUCUCUCAAUCGACGGUGCCUCCUUCACGACCUACCUUCGUGAUGAAGUGGACAAAUACAGGAUCGUGAUCGGCAAUCAGACCGUGGUCUUUGACAAGGAGAAGGACCCGUCCAAGCUGAGGGCGCCAUCUGCCGGCAAACUGAUCAAUACGCUGGUGGAAGAUGGAGGGCAUGUCGAUAAGGGACAACCUUAUGCUGAAAUUGAGGUAAUGAAAAUGGUGAUGACCCUGGCUGCUCCGGAGUCAGGUAAAGUCACCUGGAUCUUACGGCCAGGAGCUGUUCUGGAUAUGGGAGCUAUGAUUGGAACACUGGGCUACUGUCUCCCGGAGCCCUACAACACUCCUCGGCUCCGCGAAGUCGUUGAGAAGUUCAUGCAGAGUCUGCGAGACCCGUCACUGCCACUAUUGGAGUUGCAGGAGGUACUAUCGUCCACGUCUGGCCGCAUCCCCAUAGCUGUCGAGAAGAAGGUCCGCAAGUUGAUGGCUCUGUACGAGAGGAACAUCACCAGUGUCCUCGCGCAGUUCCCCAGCCAACAGAUCGCCAGCGUUAUCGACCAUCACGCCGCCUCGCUCGCUAAGAGGGCCGACAGAGAUGUGUUCUUCAUGAGCACACAGGCGCUCGUCGUACUUGUGCAGAGAUACAGGAACGGUAUCCGCGGCAGAAUGAAGGCAGCAGUACACGAUCUACUGAAACAAUACUAUCAAGUUGAAAGCAACUUCCAACUAGGAUCCUACGAUAAAUGCGUGGCGGCUCUCCGCGAGCGCCACAAGGACGACAUGCAAGCUGUGUCCAACAUUAUAUUCUCACACAAUCAGGUCGCCAAGAAGAACAUGUUGGUAACCCUCCUAAUAGACCACCUAUGGUCCAACGAGCCCGGUCUGACGGACGAGCUAGCGACGACUCUCAACGAACUUACGUCACUGCACCGCGCCGAGCAUAGCCGGGUCGCGCUGAGGGCUAGACAGGUCCUAAUAGCAGCUCACCAACCAGCGUACGAGCUCCGUCACAACCAGAUGGAGUCCAUCUUCCUCUCCGCGGUCGAUAUGUAUGGACAUGACUUCCACCCGGAGAACCUGCAGAAACUGAUCCUGUCCGAGACGUCCAUAUUUGAUAUACUCCAUGACUUCUUCUACCAUACGAAUGCUGCGGUAUGUAACGCCGCCCUGGAAGUAUACGUUCGCCGAGCGUACACGUCGUACGACAUCACCUGUCUCCAACACCUCGCUCUGUCAGGAGAGCUUGGAGUAGUCCACUUCCAGUUCAUAUUGCCUACUGGACAUCCUAACAGAAUCCCAAUCAGCCAAUCAGAAAUCGAGCUGGCUUCAGCCCAAGACCAGGAAGGUAUACCAGCAGAACUCUGUACAGCAGCGAUGAGGAAAUGUCACCACCGCACCGGAGCCCUCGCGGCCUUCGAGUCCUUCGACCAGUUCGUCCAGUACUCGGACGAGCUGCUCGACCUGGUCCAUGACUUCGCCAGCUCCGCAACUGUUAGGAGAGAGGAUCUGGCCGCGUUACAAGAAGGCAGUGAGAGUAGAGACAGUACUAGCAUCAACGUCGGCCUGGAUUACAAACCCAAUGAUCCCGACAAUGAGGCCCCUCUGGAACCGAUCCACAUCCUAAUGAUAGGCGUCCGUGACUCCGGCGAGAACGAUGACAGCGCGGUCUCCAGGAGAUUCGGCAACUUCUGCAGAGCACAUAGACAUGAACUGCAUCAGAAGAGGAUCAGAAGGAUCACCUUUAUGCUGCUAAUCAAGCGCCAAUUCCCUAAGUUCUUCACGUUCCGAGCUCGCAACGACUUCACGGAAGACACGAUCUACCGCCACCUGGAACCUGCAUCCGCCUUCCAGCUGGAACUGUAUCGUAUGAGGAGCUACGAGCUAGAGGCACUGCCUACCAGCAACCAGAAGAUGCAUCUGUAUUUGGGUAAAGCUAAGGUAAAGAAGGGCCAGGAGGUGACAGACUUCAGAUUCUUCAUUCGCUCCAUCAUCAGACACCAGGACCUCAUCACCAAGGAGGCCAGCUUCGAAUACCUACAGAAUGAAGGAGAAAGGGUACUCCUGGAAGCGAUGGACGAGCUGGAGGUGGCCUUCUCCCACCCUCUGGCCAAGCGGACGGACUGUAAUCAUAUCUUCCUCAACUUUGGACCCACUGUCAUCAUGGACCCCGCUAAGAUCGAAGAAUCCGUGCUGGGUAUGGUGAUGAGAUACGGUCCACGACUCUGGAAGCUGAGAGUGUUGCAGGCUGAGAUCAGAUUCACGCUGCGUAUUGGUCCGGGAGCGCCAACAAAGAACGUUCGUCUCUGCUUGUCCAACGGUUCAGGAUACUCGCUCGACAUCUACACCUACGAGGAGGUGUCAGACCCUAAGAUCGGAGUGAUAAUGUUCCAAUCGUUCGGUCCCCGUCAAGGCCCGAUGCACGGCCUGCCGAUCUCCACGCCAUACGUCACAAAAGACUAUCUGCAGCAGAAGAGGUUCUUGGCAACGUCACAAGGCACGACAUACGUGUACGACAUCCCCGACAUGUUCCGACAGAUGAUAGAGAGGAGGUGGAGGGAGUGUAUUGAGGAAGGCAGCGUCGAUGGCCCGCCUCCAGACAACGUGAUGAACUCAGUAGAACUGGUGAUUGAACCGGAUGGGGAGAGACGAGUGGUGGAAGUCACCAGGCUGCCCGGACAGAAUAAUGUCGGUAUGGUAGCGUGGCGUUUAACCCUAUACACGCCGGAAUGCCCUGACGGCAGGGAUAUCAUCCUGAUUGCGAACGACCUGACUUACUACAUGGGGUCGUUCGGACCCCAAGAAGACUGGGUGUAUUACAAGGCGUCAGCGUAUGCAAGAGAAUUGAAAAUACCCAGGGUAUACGUAAGCGUGAACUCAGGCGCCCGUAUAGGAGUCGCUGAAGAAGUCAAAUCUGAGUUCAACGUAGCUUGGAUAGACUCGGAACGUCCAGAUAGAGGUUUCAAAUACCUCUACUUGACCCCAGAGUCGUACUCCAAGCUGGGUCCCCUGGGGUCUGUGAAGACGACCCUCAUUGAGGAUGAAGGAGAGUCCAGAUAUAAGAUUACUGAUAUUAUUGGCAAAGAAGACGGUCUAGGUGUGGAAUGUCUCCGCGACGCCGGUCUAAUAGCCGGGGAGACUGCGCAGGCGUAUGAGGAUAUAGUCACUAUAUCUAUAGUCACGUGUCGAGCUAUUGGCAUCGGGUCUUAUGUUGUACGACUGGGCCACCGAGUAAUCCAAGUGGAAUCAUCAUACAUCAUUCUAACCGGCUACGUGGCCCUAAACAAGGUGCUGGGCAGACCAGUCUACGCCAGCAACAACCAGCUGGGAGGCCAGCAGGUCAUGCACCAUAACGGGGUCUCUCAUGCAGUAGCCCCCACUGACCUGGAAGCUGUUAGGACUGCGCUAAGAUGGCUGUCGUUUGUACCUAAGGACAAAAUGAGUCUAGUCCCCAUAAUGCGUCCGGCGGACCCCAUCGACCGGCCCGUGGAGUGGGUCCCGCCCCGCGCCGCGCACGACCCGCGCCUCAUGCUGGCCGGCGACGCGGCCCGCGGAGGGUUCUUCGAUGCGGGCUCCUGGGACGAGGUCAUGCAGCCUUGGGCGCAGACUGUCAUCACUGGUCGCGCCCGUCUCGGCGGUAUCCCAGUAGGAGUGGUGGCGGUGGAGACGAGGACGGUGGAACUGACCCUCCCUGCUGACCCCGCCAACCUGGACUCUGAGGCUAAGACGCUGCAACAGGCUGGACAGGUUUGGUUCCCGGACUCUGCGUAUAAGACGGCGCAGGCUAUCAACGACUUCUCCCGCGAAGGCUUGCCUAUUAUAAUAUUCGCUAACUGGAGAGGUUUCAGCGGGGGGCAGAAGGACAUGUACGAACAAAUCUUGAAGUUCGGCGCCGAGAUAGUCCGCGCGCUGCGCGGCGCGACGGCGCCCGUGCUGGUGUACAUCCCGCCCGGCGCCGAGCUGCGCGGCGGGGCCUGGGCCGUCGUCGACCCCUCCGUCAACAACCUGCGCAUGGAGAUGUACGCCGAUCCAGAGGCCAGAGGAGGUGUCCUGGAGGCGGAAGCUAUAGUUGAAGUGAAGUUCAAGCAGCGAGAUAUAUUGAAGACCAUGCACCGACUCGACCCGGAGCUGCAGAGAGUCGGGGCUAGGAUCUCAGAGCUGAAAGAACAAAUCAAGGAGAUAUCAAAGGGCUUGGACCGCAGAGGAUCCGUCGACGAGAGCCUCAUCAGAACUGACGCGGGACGCGCUGCGGAGUCUCGAGUCCGUGAAUUAGAAACGGAACUACUAGCCGCUGAGAAGACUGCGAAGGCGCGUGAAAAGGAACUCAGCCCCAUUUACCACCAGAUCGCGGUACAAUUCGCCGAACUACACGACACAGCCGAAAGAAUGUUGGAGAAAGGAUGCAUAUUUGACAUAAUCCCGUGGCGGGAGUCCCGGCGCCUGCUGUACUGGCGCCUGAAGCGCCUGCUGCGCCAGAACGAGCAGGAGCGGCGCGUGCAGCACGCCGUGCAGCCCGCCGACUGCAUGCAGCAGGGGCCCGCCGCCGCCACGCUGCGCCGCUGGUUCACCGAGGACCGCGGGGAGACGCAGUCCCACCAAUGGGAGCACGACAACGAAGCUGUCUGCAAAUGGCUGGAGGCCCAGGCUGGGGACGACAACUCCGUCCUGGAGCGGAACCUUCGAGCCAUCCACCAGGAUGCACUCAUGCAGGCUGUUAAUAAUCUUGUAUUGAAACUAACGCCGUCCCAGCGCGGCGAAUUCAUAAGAAAACUGUCGGCGCUAGAGAUGGAACACUAAAUAUAAUAUAUAGGUAAUGUUUAAAUUAAAUAGAUCGAACAAAUUGUCUAGGGUACAUAUUUAUUUGUUGUUGGGGCUUCUAGAUGCAUAUACAAGUCUGAUUUACUAAGGUCGACACACUGAAACCACUGUCGUGAGACAUACUAAAUUAACUGAAAAUCAUGAGGAAGGACCCCUCUGUGGUUCGAAACUAGUAGAGCUUCU